UGAUGACAUUCAGUCUGGGUUCAAUUGCCAACUCGACCUCCUUUGCUCACACCGCGCCACCAUGGAGCAGCUACAUGCCGUCCUCCAUAGCUACAAUACCCUAAGCACCUUGGAGCCCACAUGGGCGGCAUGGACUGCGGACUUGUCUCCGUUCGACUUGGCCUUCACGUACACGGCAGUGGUGUCGUCGGCCGCGCUGUUUGGCGGGUCGUUUGUAUACUUCAUCUUGGAUUACCAACCCAGUCUCCGCAAGUACAAGCUGCAGCCUACUCGGUUGCCAACGUUGGGGUUGUACUGGAAGUGCUUGAAGCUAUCAGUGCUCAACCAAGUGGUGCUGCAUGGCGCAGUGUUGGCCGGGCUGUUGUACCUGUGGGGCCACUUGGCGACGUUCUCUGCGUCCGCGCCACUUCCAGUGCCCACCACGAUCCUGUACGAACUGGUCAUGUUUGUGUUAGUCGAGGACGCGACGUUUUACUGGGUCCAUCGGGCAUUGCAUUGGAAAAAGGUUUACAAAUACGUUCACAAAGUGCACCACGAGUUCACGGCGCCAUUUGGUUUAACGGCCGUGUACACACACCCUGUGGAGGAAUUGGCGACGAUCCUGGCGACGCUAGCUGGCCCGUUGAUCUUUGGCAGCCACAUCUUGUGUCUGUGGGUGUGGCUGGUGCUUCGGACGAUUGAAACGAUUGAUUCCCACUCUGGCUACGACUUUCCAUUCACUUUGGGCCACUUUUUUCCAUUGCUCAGUGGCCCAGCACGUCAUGACUAUCACCACGAGAAAUUCGACUGCAAUUAUGGCUCCACGUUGGCAUUUUGGGAUUGGUUCUGCGGUACCGACAAGGCCUUCCGAGCACUACAGUACGAAAAGGCUAGUAAAGGCGAACGGGCGUGGUUUGACGUGUUUGACUAUUGCACGCAGAUCAUGGCCAAGACAAAGGAUAUAUGAAAAAGGGAUGUAAUUUCGGUGGAGUAAAUCACGAAGAACCCGCUCAUACGUGCAGUAUCUUUCGGGGUACUACUGUAGUUUGAUGUUCAACCGUUCGUU